CGCCGUGUGAAAUGGCGUCCCGGUGACAAGUUACUCGUUUCGAUGCUUUUAAGAAACGCCGCCAAGCUUUCCUUUGUCAACCGCUGUGGAUUUUCAAUACAUUAUUUGGGGAUACCACCGUAGGGCCGUUGGCUCGUCAACGUGACGGAUGUUCAACAGGUGAAAGUCGGAGAGUAUGUACGUUGCCACACGGAGCUCAAGCUAAACCAAGCCAACGGUUAUCAUCCAUCCAAGCGAUUUCAACAUUGCCUUCAGCUUGCCGCCGCCUCACGUGACCCGAGACGAUAAAAUGGGAGAUGUAGUUUUCAAGCCUUUCCUCCCAACAUGGUUCCGGGGAGAGCACGAGACGGUGCAAUACGUGUCCCACAAUGCACAGCGUUAUUGGUGUGAGGCGACGCCAUCUUGACUCCUCCUCAUGAAUAUCCAUCAGGAGGUCUUUGCGUAGGAGGUCGGCCGACGUUCAUUGCAUAUUCGAGCAGUGUAUUUUGGUCCAAGCGCGACGCACGGUCACGUCGCCGCCCUGAUAUGUCCCUUCGCGCCCUGCCGCCUCCUUCCCAGCGACUUGAAUCGGUAAAAUGUUCCCUCUUAGCGACGGAGGAGAAAGGAAAGGCGAGGAGUGAAUGACGACUAGUGGAAGAAGUGACUACGGUGGGAACGUACUCUGGCUUUUAAAUGUAGACGCGGUCGGCGGAACCAAGUGCGCACCGUUAUUUCUUCCGAGCGGGGGACGUCUGACUGGCAGAGAUGGAGAGUGUGCAGGCUGCAGCUGACGAUGGAGGCAAGUUAACGAAGAAGCCCAGCGGAGUGUCCAGCGGUCGGCGGACUCCAGCAGCGGACGGCGGCGGACACCUAGCUCCCUCCCCCGCAGACGUAAAGAACGGCAACGGCGUUCCCCACUCGAGCCGAAUUGCGUCGUUGAAUGGCCGAGGCUUAUCCGGCAACUCUGGCUCCCUGCUGCUUCGACGCAGGCGCUUGAAGCGGAACCUCAGCGCCGCCACGGCCACCGCCGCGUCCGCCGCCGCCGCCGCCGCCGCCUCCUCCUCCGCUGUCGCGGCCGCCUGCGGUGGUGCCAAGAUGAGCUCGGCCCUGUCCUCUGCGUCUCUGCACACCCAGAGCCUGGACCGCAAGACCCUGCUCAAGCACCGGCAGAGCAUGCAGCUGCAGCCCGCCGACCGCGAGUGGGUGCGAGCCGACCUCCACCGAGGCGCAGUCCACGUCUACGACAGACUGACGUCCUCGUCUCCCAGGCCGGUCCUCUGCACCGCGGACACCACAGCUGGGGAGGUCGCGGUCCGCCUCAGCAAACUCUGCGGCAAGUCUAGUUCUGUCAUGCGCAUUUUUAGCAAAGACAACCCCAAGAUGGACCAAAAUGGCAACUGCAGCGUCAAGUACGAGUACGACUACAAUCUGUGCAAGGUCAACGAUGAGCCCGCUAUCAAAUAUAACUCCUUGUCUGGCCUGGAAGCCACAGAUUUAGGGGGUCACCCCGGUGACAAGAUGAGACUGCUGCUCAUCACCAAUGCAGAUGAGAGGCAACAGGAUGGAAAACUUUUCAGGCCUGAGUCAGAGUCCCAAGACAACAGAACAUGCUCGCUGUCAGACUUGAACUUGAACUCCAACAUGGACACCCCAAACGAGGAUGACUCAGAGCACAGGAAUGGGACUGACAGCUACGGUCUCAAUUCUGGCUCAGAUGUGGAGAGCAGCGCUUUUGACGACCUGAGCUCCGGGGCCCGGCUCAGCGAGCACAGGGACUCGCUCAGCGACGACAUGAUUCUGGGCACGGACGCGUCUGUACUCAGCCCAUCGUUCGAUAGCGCCACGGAGGGCCACGACAUGUACGGCAGCUCUUCAGAUGAGCUGGAGCUGGACUGCCCCGUAUCCAGCGCUAGCCCGGAUCCCAUCUCCAACGGCGUCUGUCUAAACGACAUGGCCAACGGCCUUCCCACGAGCAGCAGUGCUGGCUCCUUGUCCAGAGACAGCUCCACAGGUAACACACCUGACAUCCAGGACCCAGAUCGCAGUGAUGGCAAAUCAGCGCUGACCUGUGGCCACAGUGGAGGCUCCUCAAAGGAGUCCAGCCCCACGCUGUAUGUUCAGCUGCACGGCGAAGCAGUCAGGAGGCUUAGCCCAGAUGAGAGGCCCCUGCAGAUCCAGAACGACUUUCUCUUUAAGCUUGGAUUUAAGGACCCUUGGAGAGUUCAAGAGGAAGGGCUUAACACAGAAAUGGGCUCCCUGCUACGUUUCUAUGCAGGGAAGCCCCAAAACAUCGAGAGCUCUGAGCGGGUCCAAUUGUCGGGGACGUACAACGUCCGCAAAGGGAAGCUCCAGCUGCCCGUCAACCGUUGGACCAGGCGGCAGGUCAUCCUCUGCGGAACCUGCCUCAUCGUCUCCUCUGUCAAGGAGAGCCAGACGGGGAAGAUGCACAUCCUGCCGCUCAUCGGAGGCAAAGUGGAGGAAGUGAAGAAGCACAAUCACUGUUUGGCCUUCAGCUCGGCCGGGCCGCAGAGUCAAACGUACUAUGUCAGCUUCGACAACUUCACGGAGCACCUCCGCUGGCACAGACAUGCUUCCAAGAUGGUCUCGCAGAGGAUCAACUCGGUGGAUCUGUCCUGCUGCAGCUUGGAGCAGCUUCCCCCCAACCUCUUCUACAGUCACGACCUCACCCAUCUCAACCUCAAACACAACUUCCUGCCCGCAGACCAGUGGUUGCAGCAGCUGCAGAGGUUCUCUCGUCUGCGGAGCCUCAACCUGUCCAACAACCACCUCGGCCAAUUCCCGCUGGCCAUCUGCGACAUCCCUACGCUGACCGAGGUCAACCUCAGCUGCAAUUACUUGCCUUCGGUUCCCAGCUCUGUGGGCGCCAUGACCAAUUUACAAACGUUCCUGCUGGAUGGCAACAACCUGAGCGAACUGCCCGACGAGCUGGGCUCCCUCCAGAGGCUGUCGUACUUGGGCCUCUCCUUCAACCAGUUCAGCCACUUGCCGCAGGUGCUGGAGCGGCUGGCCUCCAUGGAGAAGCUGUGCAUGGCCGGCAACAACCUGGAGACGCUCACCCUGCAGAACUUCCGGCUGCUCCGCGUCAAACACGUCGAUCUCAGGCUGAAUAAGAUCCGCAACAUGGUGCCGGAUGAACCUGACCUGCUAAGGCACGUCACCCAGCUGGACGUGAGGGACAACAGGCUGACGCUGUUGGACGCCUCGGUGUUUCCCCGCCUGGAGGUGCUUCACUGCGAGAGAAACCGAAUCGCCAGCCUCAACGUCAAGGGCUGCCUGCUCAAGGUCAUCUACGCCUCCAAUAACGAGCUGCAGAGUCUGGAUGUCAGUCCUGUUCCCUCCAAUCUUAGUUACAUGGACAUCUCACGGAACCGUAUGGAGUCUUUGCCAGACUGGCUGUGCGAAGCGAAGAAACUUGAAGUGCUGGACGCCAGCCACAACCUUGUCAGCGAGCUCCCAGCGCGGUUGUUAUGCAGCAGCAGCCUGAGGAAGCUGAGCGUGGGACACAACCAAUUGCAGAAGCUGCCUGAAAGAGUGGAGCGCCCCCUGCUGGAAGUUGUCGACGUGCACCACAAUCAACUGGUGGAGCUGCCCUGCAACCUGUUCCUCAAAUGUCUCAGUUUACGAUGCGUGAAUGCUUCGGCCAAUAAGCUGGAGCACCUGCCUCCUUCCACGCUGUCGGAGGAGAGCCACAGCAUUCUGCAGGAGCUCUACCUGACCAACAACCGCCUAACGGACAAGUGCGUGCCCAUGCUGACGGGCCAUUCGCAUCUUCGGGUUCUGCACAUGGCCUACAACCACCUUCAGACCUUCCCGGCCAGCAAAAUGGCCAAGCUGGAGGACCUGGAGGAGGUGGACCUGAGCGGCAACAUGCUGAAGACAGUGCCCACCACCAUCAUGAACUGCCGACGUAUGCACACGCUCAUCGCCCACUCCAACUCCAUCGAGGUCUUCCCCGAGGUCAUGCAGCUGAUGGAGAUGAAAUGCGUGGAUCUGAGCUGCAACGAGCUGAGCGAGAUCACGCUGCCGGAGAAUCUGCCUCCCAAGCUUCAGGAACUGGACCUGACUGGAAACCCGCGUCUCAACCUGGACCACAAGACCCUCGAGCAACUCAAUAAUAUUCGCUGCUUUCGUAUUGAUCCGCCGCCGACCUUCUCAUCGAACGAGGCUCCUGGCGGCCCCGCCGUGUGGAGUCAUGGUUACACAGAGGCCUCAGGCGUCAAGAACAAACUGUGUGUGGCGGCGCUGUCGGUGAACAGGUUCUGUGGGAGUCGCGAGGCUCUGUACGGCGUGUUCGACGGCGACAGAAACGUGGAGGUGCCCUACCUUUUGCAGUGCACCAUGAACGACGUGCUGGCCGAGGAGCUGCACAAGACCAAGAGCGAAGAGGACUACAUGACCAACACGUUCCUUGUCAUGCAAAGGAAGCUGGGAACCGCCGGGCAGAAGCUGGGCGGUUCGGCAGCUCUGUGUCACAUCCGCCACGAUCCCACCGACCCCGGCGGCUGCUUCGUGCUGACGGCCGCAAAUGUGGGCAAGUGUCAGGCCAUCCUGUGCCGCAACGGAAAGCCCCUGUCCCUGUCGCUGCUCCACAAUGUCGGCCUGGAGGAGGAAUAUCGCCGCAUCAGGCAGCACCGUGCCAUCGUCACAGAGGACAACAAGGUCAACGGCGUGACCGAUUCAACGCGCAUCAUGGGCUACUCCUUCCUCUACCCGUCCGUCAUCCCGUCUCCCUACGUGCAGACAGUCACGCUCACCUCACAGGACGAGUUCUUCAUCCUGGGCAGCCGGGGCUUGUGGGACGCCGUGUCUCCCGGCGAGGCGGUGGAGGCGGUGCGGAACGUGCCCGACGGCCUGGCCGCUGCCAAGAAGUUGUGCACGCUGGCGCAGGGCUACGGCUGCACCGACAGCCUCAGCGCCGUGGUGGUCCAGCUCAGCGUGAGCGAAGACUGCUGCUCUUGCUGUUGCUCAGAGCCCCCCCGGCCACCUCCCAGCCCCGGCCUGGGCCCCUACCCGCCGUCGUCGUCCUCCGGCAUCAAGGAACGCCCCUCGGACGGCUCGCUGCCCGUGCCGCCGUCGUCCUGCAGCGAGAUGAGCAGCGAGAUCAGCACCAGCGAGAUGAGCAGCGAGGUGGGCUCCACCGCCUCGUCCGACGAGCCCCCGCAGAGUUCCCUGGUGCUGCUGCACGAGCAGGGCCACCACCCUCACCUGAACCUUCACCACCAGGCCCACCCUGUGACGCUGCAGCACCAGCAGGCCCACGCCGCCGCCCAGCCCUGCCAGUACCUGUUCGCCGGCCCCGAGUUGCCUUCCUCCCGCAGCUGCUGCACCCUCCACCCCGCCUGCUUGGCGAGCUCCUUCCAACGCCAGCUGUCCAGCGCCACCUUCUCCAGCGCCCUCUCCGACAACGGGCUGGACAGCGAGGACGAGGAGCCCAUCGCCGGCGUUUUUUCCAACGGCAGCCGGGUGGAAGUAGAAGCGGAUGUUCACUGCCUCAAAACAGAUUCCUCUUCCUCACCGCAAGCGUCUUCCUCCUCCGGCCACGAGCGUGUCCUGCUUUUUCUCCCCCCGCCGCCUCCUCCGCCGCCGCCCUGCACCCCCGAACCCCCGGAUGAAGGAGUGGACAUGAGCAUAGCGGGGAGCGAAAACGGCCUCGAGAGGGACGAGGGCUGGCAAGGCGGCGGCGACGGAGCGAAAGCGGCGUCCGGAAAGAGGAGGGUCAACGGCUCGGUGGCUCGCCAGGAGAAGAGUCACAACCUCAUCGAGGUGGCCGCCGAUGCCCCCUCCAAAAAGUCCGGGGGGUAUUUCACCGCCCCGGCGCAGCCCGACCCAGACGACCAGUUCAUCAUCCCCCCCGAGCUGGAGGAGGAGGUUAAGGAGAUCAUGAAGCAGCAUCAGCAGAAGCAGCAGAAGCCGCCCGGGACGGACCAGCCCGCGGACUACUUUGACACCCCGCUCUAGAACACCCACUGGCUACAGCCUCGUAUCAGCAUGCACGCCCCACCCUUUGACACCAUCACCAUGACAACCCCACCCCCCCACCCCCCUCCAGGCUUAUUUUCCAACCUGCCUUUUUGUUCCUGUGUUCCUCGGAACCUCCCCACUGGAGAAACAUGCAGAUGAGCCCUUUAAUAAAACUGGACCCUCGUCAACAUCCUCUUGUGUUCGCACAGGCAAUGGAACAUUGUGGUUUUUUCUUUUUUUUAACCUUAGACACCCUAAUAACCAAUACUAGUCUCUUUUUCAUCACCUGUGUUAAUAUGCAUCCCACGCUUUGUUUGAACUCACCGUAUUGUUUCACUUGAAAGCAGCAGGAACCUUUUUAAGCGCAACACAUCUUUUUACUCUCAACUUUGAGGAAUGGUACACCGGUAAUACCACACGUUAACCGUUGUAGAUAGGGCACUUAAGAUACUGUAUUUCUUCAGUAAAUCCUGGCUCUUGGCCUGUAAAACGGCAUAGACCUUUUUAUUUUAAUUUUUUUAUUUGUAGAAACUGAAUACUAACUCCUAGGAGUUGCAUACUCUAUAUGGUGACUCAGUCACUUUUACUAAUCUUCUCUGAGAGAAAUGGUGAUUUGUGUUUUUUUUUUUUUUUUUUUUUUUCCAAUGAUUGUAAAUAAGAGAAUUGUUGUAUACAGAUGCUUUUAAAGGAUCAAUGUCGGUGAAGGUUUUAGUGGAGGAUGUGUGGGCGUUUGCUGUUCUGGAGGUUGACCAUGUCCCCCAUCCGACCCAACCACCACCACUUCCUCAUCCCUCUUUUAUAUUCCCUUUAUACUCAUCAAAAGAACAACACGUAAUUGCAGUUCAUAACAUGUCAGGCAACACCACCACAUGUUCAUCCCCCCCCCCCUGUUUUUAUUUUUGAUGUCCUGUAGUCAACACUGUAUCUAAUAAACACUAAUAGACUGAUUGAUUUUUUUACACAUACAUGGAGAUUGACAUUCUAUUUUCAUAACACAGCCCGCCUCCAGCAGUAAUUGUUACCAGCGGCAUGAUCAUGUCGAGCUCAGUAAUACAAACAAAUAUAUAUCCACGUGGAAAAGAGACAACACAGAUGUUCCCGUCUUUGGUAUAAUAAAUUUUAAAUUUGUGAAUAUAAACUCCAAUGUGUGUGUUUCAUGAUUGCAAUUUGAUGUACGAAAUUGA